AAAGGCAGAAAAUUAACCGCACUGUAUAUUAUUUUUAUUAAGAGGAAAACAUAAAGACCACCGCAGUGAAAAACGGAAAGAAGGAGCAAUUUCACCCGCGCCACAGAAUCUCCGGUUCUUAUUUAGGGGUACAGAAUCUCCAUCAGAAUCUCAAUAAAGAAGAAUAAAAUCGCCGCCGAAGAUGACCGGACCCGGCCUCUUCUCCGACUUCGGCAGCAAAGCUAAAGAAAUUUUGUUUAAGGACUACAGCGAUGAUCAGAAGCUGAUUAUUUCUAGCCAGAGUGAUACCGGAUUGGCCAUAGGUUCGACUCUAGCAAAAAAGGGUGGACUCUCCAGCGGAGAUGUUUCUGCAAAAUUCGCAUUUAGAAAUGGUGCCAUUGAUGUCAAGUUUGACACCGAAUCAAAUAUAUCGACAACCCUUGUUGUGACCAAUAUCUUCCCAUCAUCUAGGACCAUUGCCUCAUGCAAAUUUCCAGAUUAUAACUCUGGCAAGAUUGAAGUUCAAUAUUUACACAAUCAUGCAAGUUUAAGUACAGCUGUUGGUCUCAACAAGUCUCCUGCUAUUGAUGUUUCAGCUACUAUAGGUACCCCUAGUGUAGCCUUUGGUACAGAAGCAAGUUAUAUUGUUUCUUCUGGAAAUUUCGCUAAGUACAAUGCCGGAUUCAGCUUGAAGACACCCAAUGCUGUUGUUUCUGCUAUUCUGUUUGACAAAGGAGAUGCAGUAAGGGUGUCGUACUUGCGCCAUCUGGACCAGCUGAACAAAGGGGCUGCCGUGGGCGAGAUUGCCAGAAAAUUCUCUACGAACGAGAACACGUUAACAGUAGGAUGCUCUUAUGAAGUCGAUCCACACACAACUGUGAAGGCAAAACUCAACAACCACGGCCAUCUUGCUGCCCUCGCCCAGCAUGAACUGAAACCCAAAUCUCUCCUCACCCUUUCUGGCAGUUUCGACACCUUGGCCAUGGAAAAAACUCCGAGGUUUGGCUUGACACUCUCUCUCAAGCCCUAAA